ACAGAGAAAAGACAGAGAGUUCAAUACUUGCAUGUUGCCAUGGCCUCCUGUAGCUUUCCUGACGUUUAUUCCUGGAUACAGAACCUACCACCACUUUCUCAAUGGAAAACUACUUCCAUUUCUACAUCCAUAUGCUCUUCAAGUUCAACCAAUUCCUCGCUCAAAAUUGUUGCAGCAAAAACCCUUCAUUCCCCAACCAUUACUUUCUCAGUUACUGCAGAUUUCAGCUUUCAUAUCUCCCUUUGGACAUCACAACCACUGAAGACCAGCACAAAAACCUCCAACUUAUUGAACAAAGAAAGCAUGUCCACUCUCUUGCUUAAUUGUGUUCGUGAUGUUCUUUACUAUGGCUCAAACCAUAAACAGAAUUCUAGCCAUAACCUUCUCAAACUUGACAUCACUUCCUCUUUGAAAGAAAUCUUCAAUCACAUAUUUCUUACCCUCAUAUUCCUAAUCUGCUUCUAUGAAGCUCCGAUCGACCUCCGUUCAAAUUGUCUUGUGACUCUCAAGCAUCAUUUGGCAAAUUGUACGUCACGGCAGACAUCAAAGGUGCUUAUGAAACUGUUGGGGUCUAAUCUAGAACAACAAUGGAUGAGGUCAAUAAACCUUGCUAUCACCAACUGGAUAUUGGAACUUAAGGCCAAGGGUCGUACUUUGAAAACACCCUCACCUUUGUUCUCUUAUUCAUUUUCGACGUAUGGGCUGUGGAAAGUUCAACUCUAUUGCCCCAUCAUUGCAAUGGAUAAUAUUGAGAACUCGAGCAAUCCUUCAACUGAUGAAAGAUUGCAGUUCUCUUUAAAUUAUCACCAGCUUGAAGGGGUUCUGCAAUUCAAUUACAGGGCCGUGACUCGAGAAAAGUGGAUUGAUCUGAGGGUGCACGUUGAUAACAUAAGGUGUGACAUCAUUCGGCUUGUGAGCGAGACUCUCUUAUCAGAGCGAGGAGUUGGUGGAUCAGAAAAGCAUUUUCCAUCACGAAUUUCUCUACAACUCACUCCAACUUUUCAUACAAACAUAAUGAGUGUCUCAGUAAGCAAAUCCUCAAACAACCCCAAAGUUGAGAUCGGAACUGAAAAAACCUUUGAGGCUGGAUUCGAAUCUGCAACACCGUUCCCAGGCCUCAAAUUAGCAGUAGGGGAGACUGUAAUUGUGAGCUUGAAGCCAUGGAAAUUUGAGCAGUUCGUCCAUGGCAAUGCUGCAACCCUUAACUGGUACCUUCAUGACAGUUCGGAUGGGAAAGAGGUGGCCUCCACCAAGCCAUCAAAACUUACACUCAUAAACCCUAAAGCUUGGUUUCGAGACCGUUACUCGAGCGCCAACAGGCCUUUUAACAAACAGGGAGGGGUCGUAUUUGCAGGAGACGAGUACGGAGAGAGUGUGUGGUGGAAGAUUGAUGGAAAGGCAAGAGGGAAAACUAUGGAGUGGGAGAUUAGAGGUUGGAUCUGGUUAACUUAUUGGCCAAACAAACACAAGACAUUUUACACCGAAACUAGGAGGCUGGAAUUCAAAGAGAUUCUCUAUCUUUCAAUUCCUUAACUCAUAAGAAAUCAUUAGAAAUGGACAGACCAAUAGUCUGAGAUCACUUUCAGACUUGUUCACUUUCUUUCUUAGUGACAAACAUGACAGAUCUCUAAUUUAAACGUGUUGCCAACUAUAUUUGACUACAUAUGGGAAUUUCAUCAUCAGUAAAAGUUUGUAUAGGUUCUUUGAUAAUUGUGUUUUAUUGAGUCACUUUUAAACUUUCAAUUUCGUCCCUUUUUUUUUUUUUUUAUAUAAGAAACAACUACA